AUGAACAACACUCAGAGAGAACGAUGUGAGAAAAUAUCUCCCGACUGUCCCCUCGAGGACACCAUCUACGGCUAUGUCCCCAACAUGGGCGGCAAUGCCUUUUUCGGCGUCGUCUUCGGUAUCUGCACCCUCGUCCAAGUCUACUUUCUUAUCCGCUACUGGCGCCUCUGGAAAGGCUACACCAUCCUCGUCCUCAUCGGCAGUUUGCUCGAAUGUUGCGGCUACGCCGGCCGAAUUCUUAUGUCCAAGAACCCAUGGGAUGAUGCAGCUACGUCAAUCCAAUUCGUGCUUCUCAUGGUCGGCCCAUCGUUCCUUGCUGCAGCACUGUACAUGACGCUUCGGGCUUUGGUGCAGUACUUUGGGGAGCAGUAUGCCAAGCUUCCAGCGAGGCUCUGGACGUGGCCGUUCGUCACUGCUGAUAUGCUGGGGUUCUUUUCCCAGUGUGUUGGUGGUGUCAUGGCGUCGAUGACGGAGAAGUAUCCUUCUCUUGGAACUGUAGGAAGGGUAAUCAUGGUGUUUGGGGUGACAUUUCAGGCUGUCGUCAUGGCUAUUGCAGGCAUUCUUGCCGCUGACUUUGCUUUGCGUAUGCGUCGAGAACGUGGAAGUGUCUUUCGAUAUCUGCCCAAGGACCUCAACAUCUUUCUGAUCUCUCUGACGGUUGUAUUUCUUCUCGUUCUGACCCGUUGUAUCUACCGUAUCCCUGAGUUGGCUGGGGGCGUUGGUGGACACAUGAUGCGACAAGAGGUUGAGUUCAUGAUCCUCGAUGGCUGUAUGAUCGCCAUUUCAGUCAUUCUACUCUCCGUCAUUCAUCCCGGUAUCUACGCUACCGCCAUCCAUGGCCGUGCCGACCAUCGAUCUAAGUCAGUCAGACUCAUGGAUCUCGAAUCGAGUGCAUCUCGAGAUGGAUCUGGCAGAAUGCCUUCAGAUAGAUCGCGGAGAGGACAUUCGAGCAGAUCACACAGAUCACCGUCAAGCAGAUCACGCAGGUCGCCUGCGGGCCGAUACGAACCUCGACGAGAGCCCUCCGACUACUGA